CUUUUGCCUCUUCUGUUCCUCGUUCGCUCGGCUUCACCAUAUUACCUUUUAAUCCAUUUCUUGUAUACGCGUGUGCGCUGCCAUUCAUUUCCAAUCCAUUGAUUGAUUGAUUCCCUUCAUUCGUUCGUCGACGAUGACAUCAGCCGGCCCAUAGUCGUUGCGCGACUUGCAACUCCAUCUUUGGUUCCUAUCUCCAGCUGAAACCAAGAGGUUGACGAUCGCAAACCAUCGUGAAGAUGUCGCUGUUCCACCGAAAACGUGCCUCCAGCCACUCCGUUCCGAGUGCGCCACCAUCUGCAGAUGCAGUAACCGCUGCAUCGCAGGUUUUCAUGAGGAGCCGGAACUCAAGCACAUCAUUAUCUUCCGCCGCCGCCGCAACUGCGCUUCGAACCCACGUCACGCCGCCGACAGACGUUGCGAGUGUCCAAACGAAACGAAUCCUGCGACGCGACUCGACAUCUUCGGCUGGGAGCAGUGGGAGCGGCGGACGGGCACCGUUCUCAGCGGGACUGCAGAGGCAGAAUAGCACUGGGUCGAUGACUGAGAGGACAUUCCGGGGCCAGUCACCGAACCGGAGCCCCAGCGUACAUAUGGAUGCGCCUCCCCCAGUUCCUCCGUUGCCCAAGCAGGUGGAGAAAGACGGCACACUUCACCGACGAGCAUCGAGUGCGCAAUCCCCAACGCGAGUAUUAUCAUCUCCAACGCGGCCCAGCGGCCGUGGUUCCAGCAUGGAUAGAGGAAGUCGUACGGCGCAGAACUUUCGACACCCUCGCGUGUCGAGCCUAUCUCAGGUACCGGAGCUAGAGCGCGAGGGAAGCCAACGAUCGAUAAACUUCUCUCGGCCAAUAUCACCACCGAGCAGUCCUCCCGCCGCACAGUAUCGAACAGGACAAGGAGGAUGGUUUACAGCGCCUGUCAUCACCGACUUGAAGCCUAGGGAGACGCCAUCCGUCAAACCUGAUCCUACUGGCUCUCCAGUUACGGGGUUGAUGGUUUCUAGACACGCCCCAGCAGAGACAUCGGAACGACUAGUCUAUAAAAGGCCCCAGCAGAGACUGGCACAAGCGCAGCAAGGCACGAAACAUACGGCUGGCACUAUGAGAACUAAACCGAGCGGGACUGCGGUACAUCAUUCAAUCGAGCCAGCCGAACCACUUUCACCAGAGCCUACACCUGUCUUGGUUGAGCCGCCUGAAGAGCCACCCCAUGUUGAAUAUAUUACACCGUCCCCAGAACGGCAGUCUCAGCAGCAACCGAUGAAGCCGGUUGAACUCCGUCCACAGCCCGAAGAACACCUGCCUCUAGUGGCGGCAGUCAAUGAUAAUCUUCGUACGAAACAGGUGUCGCCUAGGACAUUACCACCUUUGGUAGUUGAUGGAAGCAGGCCUCGGCCACAACCCGCGUCUUUAGAUCCAGAAAGCGCCGAAUCCACAUCCUCCCAUAGUUCCCGAGCAGCAUCGCUAAGCCCACCGCGGCAAGCUCAUUUCGCGACCAAUACUCUUACACCGACCCGGCACCAACCUCUACCACGUUCCGCAUCGCCCGCGAAAUCCGCCCUCAAACGCUCCCCUUCUCGCGCAGUGUCACCCGAGGACACCAUGCACACCGCAACAGCCGCCCCGGGCGACUCUCCAGAAGCUCAACCCGACUCUCCGAGGAGACGAAAAGGGGCCCGUGUCAGCUUUGACCAAGAAGCUGUCGUCUUCGUCCCCGAUGUUGAGUCGGAGCGCCGGAGCAGCCCGCUCGCCUCCUCACCGAUCGACAAUGACGAUUUCGACCACGAGUUCAUGAAGCCUCGCCCUGCGUUGCCAUCCUUUGGAAGCAUCCGCGGAAGGCGGAAUCGCGAUUUGGAGUCCGACCCGGCCGAAAAGGUCACGGAGACGGUGUCAUCGUCGAUGAAUAAUUCCAUUGGAUCUCUAGACUCUUCAAAUGAUCAUGCUGUUGCGGGGAUCAUCGCGCGAGAUUUUGCGUCCAGAAAACAGCCUGCCGUUCGACAAGAGUCUGAGGCUCCUAGGAAAGCCAUUGAUCCGAACGUGCCGUUAGCCCCCGAGGUCACAUCUGUCGAGGGGACUGGCUACGAAUCCGACACUAGCACUUCUGGAAGUGACCUAGAUGUGGUAACGGAGUCAAUGAAAGCCCUCACCCUGACGAAAGGUGAGGAGCAGCCAGUGGUAGAAAUUGUGCCUCUGCCGUCCAUCCCUGAGGCCGAUUCGGCGGGGCAGCCGACCACACCGGAGCCCUCAAAUGCAGUCCCCAUUAUCGCUAUAUCACCAGCCACCCCCAAACCUGAAAAACAAGCUAAAUCAAAGGAACGGUAUUUUAUGCCCGGCGAGUUUCCUGCGUCGGUCUCGGAACUCGACCUCUCCGCCAAGGAGCCCUCAUAUGUCCGGGGAGCUAACACGCCAACUAGAGUAGAACCCGCGCCUCCAAUUAUGGAUACCUCUAGCGUACAAGACGAGGAUUCAUCCGACGACAGCAGUAUCUACAGUGAUGCCGCGGAAGACAUCUCCGAUGCCGAGGGCGGGUUUGCCUCGCUGGAUGCCAUCGUGAUUAAUCCUAGCGUCGCAACCGGACGAGGGACUUUGAUCAACCCGGAGGUCGGCCCCUCACAAACGAAAUCGUCGACAGGACCAGAUGUCCCGGAUGUGCGGCCGAGGCCUGGGGCGACGGAUUGGGAGGCCGAGAAGGCAUAUUGGAGCGAUAUCGUCCAGCAACAAAGACAAGAGCGAGAGCGAGGGAUUGUGACAUCGGCGCUAGGGGACGGGAUGAUGCAAUUCCAACAUGCCCAACAUGCCCCUCCUGCGGCUGAGCCUGAUACCCCGCUGGAAACGGAGAUAAUGCCACGGAAGAGGAAGGCAAAGAAUUCGCGCCCGGGUCACCAGCCAAGAGCGGCUCCAACGCGGGCAAUCGAUGUGGAUUCUGUCGAACCGGAGAAUGUGCCGCCCAUGCGCAAGUCAAUGCGCCCAACCAGCGCUACAACUGGCAUGGCGGCAUCGAAGCACGCCCCACCUCCAGGUGAGCAGCGAGGUACAUUCCAGAAGCGACGCAUGUCACCACCGAAAACCACAGCGCCACGGCCCGUCUCCGCCAUGGCGGCCACCGGCCCCGCGGCACCGCUAGCGACACCACCGCCGCUGAUCCGCUCCAAUUCUGCCGAUUCAGUCAGCAGCUUUCGGCGAAGUCGACCACCUAGGUCCUUGGAGGGGGGUGGUGGUCGGUUCAUGAUGCGACGGACGAUGCGUGAUUCGGGCCACGAUCGCUCGCGAGCGACAGCGAAUAAUCAUAUGGCUCGGAUACGUUCGCUCUCGCCUCCGGAUAGCGAUUCGCGAAAGAUGAAGUCCACGAUGCGCGCAUCGUCGGAUACGAGCUCUCUUUCUAAACCGGCUAGAUCCAAGAGUCUCUUCCCAGGCUUUGGGAAGGGGAAGAAGAAAAAUAAGACUCCGGCGGCUCUGGCGGCUCAGGGUGCUGGACUAAGGUUCAAGAGCCGGUUCGCCGAUUCUAGCGACGAGGGCGACGACGACCGGCCAAUGCGAGCCACAUUCACUUCCCGAAUCGUCGAUUCCGAUGAUGAAGACGAGGUCAUCCCACCGCUCGACCUGGCUCCUGUCCGUGGCAUUCCGAGGAGAACCACUGAAGCCGACCAAGAAAGCACCGAGCUCGAAGACGAAGAGAGCGAUGAUGACCGAUCGACGAGCCGUCCCGGCAUCCCGACCUCGGACGAUAUCAACGCCGCCCACGGCAAGCCCGCCACGAACGGCGCCAACGGGCUCGAGGCAAGCAGACACGCGCCAGCCAAGUACCAGAAGAAGAAACGCGGCUUCUUCGGCCUCGGCAAGAAGAAGGACGAGAGCCCACUCUCGCAAGUUCAGGUCGCAUCGGCCGACAAGCAGCCCCUCACGCCCGUGAAGUCCGCGCUGAAACAACCACCCAAAAACACCGACGAUGAACCAACGCCGUUGAGUCCGACCUCGCGGAGCCCGAAGCUUCACAAGCGCCCGAAGCAGCCGCGGGUCCCGUCCGAUUCCUGGCCCCUACCGACGCCCAAAAGGAGCGAGGCGGCUGAGGAACGACCGAACACGUCCGAUGGGACGCCACAGGGUGCAUCGGUAACGUUUGCCGAUGAUGAGACGGGGUCGCACGCUAGCGAGCCGGUCACUGGGCGGACGGGGAAGAAGAAGAAGUUCACGAUGCUAAGGAAGGCGUUUGGGUUGAGGGAUUGAUAGAUGCUGGGGAGUGGAGUUGGGUUUGAUUCCGGACGUGUGUAUAUAGGAUGCUUGGCAUUUUGGGAUCUAUCCUGGUUGAUAGUAUGGGAUAUAUAGAGGCGAAAAAGGGUACCGUCAUAGUCCACGGGUAUCUCCUUGGCAACAUAGGAAUUGCACUUACUGGUUUGCCAGUUGGUUGCGCUUUAAUUAUAAUGUUCGUUCAUAUCGAAGACUUUAAUGAUAAC